AUGGUCGGUGCACUGAUCACAGCACUGAUUCUGGGGGUGACAGAGCCUGUUCUCGCAAAUGAUGUUGCUUCCUGCGACAACUCCUCUGCCGUCGGGCCCUCUGGGAGCACCCAGGACCUCGGACCUGGGGCCGGGGAGAACACCCGGGCGUCUGACGGCACCAGCAGCCGCCUCGUGAAUGGGACCGACAGCGAGAGGCCCAGCCAGCCGUGGCAGGGUGCGCUGUUGCUGGGACCCAACAAGCUGUACUGCGGGGCCGUGUUGGUGGACUCGCAGUGUCUGCUCACGGCUGCCCACUGCCGAAAGCAAGUUUUCAGAAUCCGUCUUGGCCACCAUUCCCUGUCACCCAUCUAUGAAUCCAGGCAGCAGCUGUUUCAGGGGAUCAAAUCCAUCCCCCACCCUGGCUCUUCCCACCCCGGCCACUCCAAUGACCUGACGCUCGUCAGACUGAACAAAAGAAUCUGUGAGGCUCAACACGUCAGGCCAUACGCCUCCCAUUGUCCGUCCGCUGGGACCAGCUGCUUGGCGUCUGGCUGGGAAACGACCAGCAGUCCCCAGGUCCACCACUCACUGUGGCCCUUCCCCAAAGUCCUCCAGUGCUUGGACAUCACCGUGCUAAGUGAGGACAGGUGCAAGACGGCCUAUCCAAAUCAGACAGAUGACACCAUGUUCUGUGCUGGUGACCAGGCCGGCAGAGACUCCUGCAAGGGUGAUUCCAGAGGCCCCGUGGUCUGCAGUGGUUCCCUCCAGGUCCUUGUGUCCUGGGGAGACUUUCCCUGCGCCCAGCCCAGCAGACCCGGCGUCUGCACCAACCUCUGCCGGUUCUCCAAGUGGAUCCAGGACACUAUCCGGUCUAAUGCAUGA